CACGCAGCCCUAUGAACUAAACUCACCAGAUGAGUUCUCGGUCAACUAGUGAAGGGAGUAGAGAGUGACAGAGGUGUCAGAGAAACAGAGCUCCAUCAGGCCUGAACCAGGUUUGUUCUUUUCAAAGGCAGAGAGGGUAGGACUGGUUUAUGAGAAUACAGACAUGAGGAUGGAUUAUUAUCUUCUUUCAUCACCCACAUUCUUCUCAGGACCAAGACAGAUGUAGGCCAAUGCGUAAAUGUUUCUUUUACUGAAGGCCCAGAGACUUUGUUUGAUUUAGGCCCUUUUUGAUCGUGUCGUUCGGGGGGUGACUGUUUGUCACUCUGUUUUGGAAUUCACUGAUUUCUCAGAAGGUGUUUGUGUAAGAAUUUCCACCUGGAUUACUUGUGGAGAUUAGUGAUGGGGAAUGCGGCUGCAGGGGCCUUGGAGCAGGAACCGACUGAGGGUCGUGAAGCCAGAAACUCAGUCGGGGCAGCUUCAGGAAUGAGUGACCCCACACCAACCCUGCAGAAGAAGCAGCCGCCUCCCCCCAAACUGCCCAUGCCCCCAGAGGAGGAGCUGGAGGAACGCUUCAAUGUGGUGCUGAGUUACAUGAACUUGCCUCCAGAUAAACUGAAGCUACUGAGUCAAUAUGAUAAUGAAAAGAAGUGGGAGCUGGUGUGCGAUCAGGAGCGUUUCCAGGUGAAGAGCCCCCCUUCCACUUAUCUGACAAAGAUAAAGAGCUUUUACCAGGAUCAAGGAGGGGUGACGCGCAGGGUCAGUGUAAAACAUCGGCUUCCUUUCAUAUUUCAUAUGCAUUUUGGAUUCAUGUACCUUCACAGUGUUAUAUUUAAUGUAACCCCUAUUCAUCUUCAGCUGAGGAAAAGGAUCCAAGAUGCCACUCAGGUCCUUAAGAAUUUGGAAAUAUCCCUACGGACAAAUCAUAUUGGAUGGGCCCAAGAGUUCCUCAAUGAGCAGAACAAAGGGCUGGAUGUUCUGGUGGAGUACCUCUCUCAUGCACAAAGUGAUGCCCCGUUUGAUGUGGAGGCUGUGGAAAACGGUGGCACUCUGUCAGAAAGACCAAAGCCAGCAGAGAGGUCCAUGGAAGACCUGACCAAGAGCUCCAGCAGCUCCCACUCCCACGGUAUGACCAGAGCUGCCCGAGCGCUGACUGUAAGAAUAAGCUCCACUCUGGUGAACAAGAUGCACAAAAAGUCUAAUUCAUCCAACCAAAGGGACGAUAUACACGUGUGCAUAAUGUGCCUCCGAGCCAUCAUGAACUACCAGUCUGGUUUUAACCUGGUGAUGACUCACCCACGCUGUGUAAACGAAAUCACCCUGAGUCUGAACAGCAGGAAUCCCAGGACCAAAGCCCUCGUGUUGGAGUUGCUGGCAGCCGUGUGUCUCGUCAGAGGAGGACACGACAUCAUCCUCUCUGCUUUUGACAACUUCAGAGAGGUGAGCAGAGAAAGGAAUCGCUUUGAGAAGCUGAUGGAGUACUUCAUGAAUGAUGACAGCAACAUUGACUUCAUGGUGGCCUGCAUGCAGUUCAUCAACAUUGUGGUUCAUUCUGUGGAGAACAUGAACUUCCGUGUCCAUCUGCAGUAUGAGUUCACUCACCUCAAACUGGACAAGUAUCUGGAGAGUCUGAGGUUAACAGAGAGUGAGAAGCUGCAGGUUCAGAUCCAGGCUUACCUGGACAAUGUGUUAGAUGUGGGAGCCCUGCUGGAGGAUGCUGAGAACAGAGGAGGUGUGCUGGAGCAUGUGGAUGAGCUGCAGGAUCACAAUGUACAGCUGAACGUCAGACUUCAGGAGAUUGAGAAUCAAACUGCAGAGAAAAUAUCUGAACUUGAAACUAAGCUCAUGCAGGCCACCAAGGAAACGGAGCUGCUUAAAGAGAGCCUGCGGGAGUCCUGUUCCCAGGUCAGCACCCUGCAGCAGAGGGAAAGGGAGCGGGAGCUGGACAGGGAGAGGGAGAAGGACCGGGAGCGUCUGAGCAUCUCAGUCCAACAGACACAGUCAGAGCUGGAGCAGAAGAUCCAGGAGCUGCAGGAUAAGGGUCUGAUUAAACUGGGACGGACUGCCUCAGGUGGGCUGGACAUCCAGGUUGUGCCUGUUACGGUGGUCGAGUACGUUGAAGUCCCAGCCCCGGCCUCAGAAUCCACCACUAAGACCAGCAGUCCAGACUCCGUUGAUUCUGCAUCCCCUGCAUCCUCCCACUCUGCCUCUGCUCCUCCACCCCCUCCCCCUCCUCCUCCCCUUCCUGGUGGUUUUGGGGAGGCUUCAUCACCUCCCCCACCUCCUACAGCUGGAGUCUGUGCACCGCCCCCUCCUCCUCCUCCUCCUCCUGGAGAUGGACCACCACCUCCUCCUCCUUUACCUGGUGCUGGACCACCACCCCCACCACCUCCACCUGGGAGUGGACCACCACCACCACCACCUCCACCUGGAAGUGGACCACCGCCACCACCUGGUAGUGGACCCCCACCACCUCCUGGAGGACCAAACUCUCAAUUUGGGCUCAAAAAUAAGAAACCCAUUCAGACCAAGUUCAGGAUGCCAUUGUUAAACUGGCAGGCUUUAAAACCGAACCAGGUGACAGGAACCGUCUUUAAUGAGCUCGACGAUGAGCAGAUCUUAGGGGAGUUGAACAUGGAGAUAUUUGAGGAGCAGUUUAAGACCAGGGCUCAGGGUAAUCCAGUUGAUGUCACUAAGAAGAUGAAGGUAUCCCAGAAGGCCCCCAGUAAGACAUCUUUGAUCGAUGCCAACAAGGCGAAGAAUCUUGCGAUCACAUUGCGCAAGGCGAAAAUGAACCCAGCUGAUAUUUGCACAGCUAUUGAGAUGUACGACCAGGAGUCAUUAACAGUUGACCUCCUGGAGCUGCUCGAGCCCUUCAUACCAACAGACUUUGAGAAGAAACUGCUGCUUAAUUAUGAGAAAGAUGGCCGACCAAUGGAGGAGCUGGCUGAAGAAGACAAAUUCAUGUUACGUUUUGGGAAGAUUUCUCGUCUGACUCAACGAAUGAACACCCUCACCUUCAUGGGCAACUUUCCUGACACUGUCAAACGCCUGCAGCCGCAACUGGACUCCAUCAUUUCUGCAUCCAUGUCCAUCAAGUCCUCAGACAAGCUGAAAAAAAUCUUAGAAAUUGUUCUCGCCUUUGGUAACUAUAUGAACAGCAGUAAGAGAGGUGCAGCUUAUGGUUUUCGGCUUCAGAGUCUGGACCUUCUUUUGGAAACCAAGUCCACUGAUCGCUCAAAGACGCUGCUUCACUUCAUCACCAACAUCAUCCUGGAAAAAUACCCAGACUUGGCGAACUUCUACACUGAGCUACACUUUGUGGACAAAGCCGCACUUGUGUCUUUGGAUGGAAUUCUUCAGGAUAUCCGCUCAUUAGAACGAGGAAUGGAGAUGACCAAAAAGGAGUUCCUGGUACAGGAUGACAGCCCAGUGUUGAAGGAAUUUAUUAAAACCAACAGUGAAGCUCUGAAUUCUUUGAUCAAAGACAGCAAGACAGCACAGGAAUCUUAUGGCUCUGUGGUUGAGUAUUUUGGAGAGAACCCCAAAACUACACAGCCUUCUAUGUUUUUCCCAAUGUUUGGACGCUUCAUAAAGGCCUAUAAGACAACACAGCAAGAGAUUGAGCAGAAAAAGAAAAUGGAGAGCGAGAUCAAAGAGGAGAAAGAAUCUUCAUCUCCAAACAAAGCUGGAGUGCAAAAGGGUCCGAUGAUGCCUAAAAUGCCUCAGAUGGACCUGAUCGCAGAGCUAAAGAAAAGGCAGGUGAAACCUCAAGUACGGGAAGGGAAGGAUGGCGCUCUGGAGGACAUUAUCACAGAUUUGAGGAAUUCGCCAUACAGACGGACAGAUGGUCGACGGUCAGCACAGCGCCAGGACACUUGAGCACUUCUGGUGCAACACUUUUUUUUAACAAAUGUAACUGGAAUCACACAGAGAAACAAUAGAACAUGUUUUAACCUGUUCUGUACAUACAUACAUGAUCAAAAUACAUUGUAAUACAAUAUGUAACUUUAACAUUUAAGUGUGAACUUGCUCUGUAAAUAGAAUCCAAUUGGAAGAAGUUGAUAUUUUUAAUUUGACUCUGCAUUUUGCUAUAAACAUCAAACAUAUUUCUGUGGUGCAUUAUGAUUUUGUAUACUAAAUUUGUAAUCUUGUUACCCAUUAAAACUUUUAUAGUAAGC